AGCUUCCACUCUGGCAAACCGCUAUGUACUUCCCCAUCCCGUUUCCUCUCCUAGACAUUUCCGUCAGUAGAGCAGGAUUCCUGCAGUGACCGCCGCUAGGACACCCGGCCUUCUCCUAUCCCCGGGCGGGCCCCGACGUGGCGUCGCACUGUGUACAGACGGUUCGGAUGUGUUAAUGGAUUCGAGGCCCGGAUACCACAGGGGACUCGGGGGCGGCGGACACAGCAAUGACAUCUCUUACGGGGGCUCGGCCUCCAGCUCCCCGGCGCUGACCGGAGCCCAGGGCCGCAGGAGGAAGCAGCCUCACCGGCCGGCGGACUUUAAGCUGCAGGUCAUUAUUAUCGGCUCCCGAGGAGUGGGGAAGACCAGCCUGAUGGAGAGGUUCACGGACGACACCUUCUGUGAGGCCUGCAAGUCCACAGUGGGUGUUGACUUCAAAAUCAAAACUGUAGAGUUAAGGGGAAAGAAAAUUAGGUUACAAAUUUGGGACACAGCUGGCCAGGAGCGCUUCAACAGUAUUACUUCAGCCUAUUACAGAAGUGCCAAGGGUAUCAUAUUAGUCUAUGAUAUCACCAAGAAAGAGACUUUUGAUGACUUACCAAAAUGGAUGAAGAUGAUUGAUAAGUAUGCGUCUGAGGAUGCAGAACUCCUUCUAGUUGGAAACAAGCUGGACUGUGAAAUUGACCGAGAAAUCACUCGGCAGCAAGGAGAAAAGUUUGCACAACAGAUAACUGGGAUGCGUUUCUGUGAAUCAAGUGCCAAGGACAACUUUAAUGUAGAUGAAAUAUUUUUAAAGCUGGUUGAUGACAUAUUGAAAAAGAUGCCCCUGGAUAUAAUGCGGAACGAAUUAUCCAACAGCAUCUUAUCGCUUCAGCCAGAGCCAGAAGUUCCCCCAGAGCUGCCACCGCCUCGGCCACCAGUCCGUUGCUGUUGAUUUUCUGCUGACACAGCAGGAUGGCGGCUUUCAGCCCCAGUGUCCUGUGAUACAAUCAUUAGAAAGGUCCCAUUUUGCACUUGUUUCUCAGCAAAAUCUGUAAAUAUGUAAUCCACAAGCAAAGGUUUUUAAGUCUGAAAUUCUUUUGUUUGCUCACUGGAGCAAUUGUCCAGAGUUUGCAUCUAACUUUAUUGGGUUCUGGAUUGAAAGGAUUGGCCCAUGUAACGAAGCGCUGUACUGGAGUGGUUCCUGCAAAGCACUUUAUUUCAGGCUCCACUAGUUUUGUAUUAUCUAGUGUUGAAAUCAUAAAGUUUUUUUGGCUCAGAAGUUUGGUUUCUCAGUUACCAAUCUCUUUUGUAUUAUUUUUAUUGCAUCUAGGCACAUAUAUGGUGCUUUGCUAAUUGUAUUAUCACUCCCCAAAUAUUUAACUAUUUAAAGUUUCCAAUAAAUAAAAUGCUUCCAUAUACAGUACUAUAUUUAGUUUAUUAAACAGUGCAAUUUUAUUUUUUAUUGUAGUAUUAGUUAAUUACUGGACCUGCCACGAGUAUUAACGUUUUCUCCAGUAGUAUUUAUUAACGUCUAAGUAGCUUGAAGGAUAUUUUUAUUUCAUUUUUUGUUCUAAUAGAGUUACAGCACCUGCUGCCGAUGCCCCUUCUGUUCCCUCUCAUGCUCCUUGCACAGGAUUUGUGUGGUAUUGAGGCACACUGAACAAGCGUAAGAAAGUAUGUGGUUUAUGAACUCAAUGGAGAUGUCAUUGCGCACAGCAUUUAUUGGGGUCACUUGGAAGUAAUGACUGUAAAGGCUGCCAAGUAAAGCAGCACUACUGUUCCAUUUGGGAAUGGAGAGGAGACUGACAACUUUUUUUAUUAUUAGUAAUAUUCACUUACUAAUAUGUGAAUUUGCCACAGUGGAUUUUUGGGGGGGAGGGGUGGGGGGGCGGGAGGGGAAGAGGUAAAAAAGUAUGACAUUACACCUAAAUGGCACAUACUGUUUUACUGAUGGUGGUUUUGUGAAUUCUGUAUUUGAUACCUUUAUUAAAAUAUACUGUAUAGUUCAUUGCGAACAGGACAGUGACAGAUAUGCAUUUGGAUAAAUGUGUGUCUUUGUGGUAUUUGAAAAAACAUAGUAUUUCUAACUAAUGAAGUGAAAAUAAACCUUUUUUAUUUAUGAA